AUGUCAGGUGCCAAUGUUACACUCAAAAGAUUUUGGAAGAAGGUGGAUGUUGCUGAGAAUCAUGAAGUUCCUAGUUCACGACGCCUGCUUGCAACCUUGAUUGCCAUAGAAUGGGAAAAUCAGGAAAAGCUCAUAAAGCCACAUGCACUACCCAUGACGUCCAUUGCUUCUCGUGCUAUAGACGGAUUACAAGAUGAAGGCGCGCGAUUUGAUCUUGUAGCAGGAUUGAUUAAAUACUUUGAUACAGACACUCUAUGUUUCCAUGAGGCUCACCCGCCUGCUCUCGUUCAACUUCAAGAGGAGCAUUGGGUUCCACUCAUCAAAUGGGCUGAAUCCGCAUACGACAUCAAAAUCAAUAUUUUUGACUCACUUCUUGGCAAUUCGCAGCCAAAAGAGUCCAAAAACUUCCUGAUGAAGGAAAUCAACAAAUUGAAUCAAUGGGAGAUGGCCGCAUUCGAGAGAGCAGUAUUGACCACCAAAUCGUUUAUUAUCGCGCUUGGCCUCGUUAAAGGCCGAAUUGAUGUGGAGCAAGCUUCCCAGGCGGCACAUGUCGAAGUUGUGAGCCAGACGCAGCGAUGGGGGGAAGUUGAAGACACGCAUGACGUCGACUACCACGAUAUCCGCCGACAAUUAGGUAGCGUGGCUUGUGUGCUUGCAACUAAUUAA